AUAACGACUCCUACCAAUAUUGAUCCUAAGGAUAUUCAAGAUGGUGAGAGGCGGAAGGCCCUAGUGCCGGGCUGUGGACGUGGAGUCGACGUGCUCUUAUUCGCGAGCUUUAGGUACGAUGCCUAUGGCCUGGAGUAUAGCGCCGCGGCUAUCGAGGCGUGCAAUAAGGAGGAGAAGGAGAACUAUAGCCGGUACCGCGUACGAGAUAAGAAAGUUGGGAAAGGGAAGGGGGAUUUCUUUGAUGAUACCUGGUUGAAGGAGAUUGGAGUACCUCGAAAUGGAUUUAAUAUCAUUUAUGAUUACACGUUUUUCUGUGCUCUCAACCCAGAGCUGCGUCCUAAAUGGGCUCUCCGACACACCGAGCUCCUUGCUUCCUUACCUGCAGGCAAUCUAAUCUGUCUGGAAUCUCCUCGUCAUAAGGACCCUUUAGCCCCCGGCCCUCUAUUUGCCUCGCCCUCCGAGGCCUAUAUAGAGCAUCUAAGCCACCCCGGUGAGAAGAUCUCAUACAACGAUAAUGGUCUUGUCGAUGCGGACCCGUUGCGAGAGCCUAGCAAGGCGGGCCUGGAGAGAGUGGCGUACUGGCAGCUAGAGCGCACGUACACUGUGGGCAAGGAUAAGAAUGGGGUGAUCCGUGACAGAGUCUCUAUUUGGCGUCGACGUGACUAG